AUGCUCCAUGUCUGCAAGAAAAGCACCUUUGCGAGUAACAAAGCUCAGCCAACUGCUCAGGUGCUCCAAUAUUAUGGGGUGAUCGCCACGCGCAGUGCAGCCUUGGUGGGUUUCUCCAUCAACUACAGCAACGAGGUGUCUGGAGUAGUGCAGCAGUUUGUCAUGAACUUUUCUGACAUGGAGAUGCAGUUGGUCUCCAUCGAGCGUCUUUGUGAAUAUGAGCGCCUUCCUAAGGCAGCACCGCACAUCGCAAGUACAUUGCCUUCACACGUCGCCUCAGCUCAAGGGCUUGAGCUCAGAAAUGUCUGUGUCAGGUACCGGCCACACUUACCACCCGCCCUGGACAAUGUGAACUUGAGCUUCAGCCCUGGAGAGACCGUGGCCAUCGUGGGCAGAAAGAAGACUCGUUCUACGUAUCUCCUGCAAAACCGAGGAACUGGUGCGGGAAAGAGCUCCUUGAUCCUGGCAAUCCUGCAAUUGGCUCCAUACACAGGAGAGAUCGAAAUCGAUGAGACCAGUUUGCACGAGCUCAAUGAGCAAGCCUGUGGGCGCAUGGUGGCCGUAGUUCCGCAACAGCCAGUACUCUUCUCAGGCACGUUGCGCUGGAAUCUUGACCCCUCUGAAGAGUUCUCAGAUCAAAGACUUUGGGAUGCCAUCAAGGCAGUGGGACUCCUGCGGAGCUGCAAGAGUGCUUUGGGGCUCAAUGCCAAAGUGCAAGGCUCGGUCGGUGGCAGCCAGCCUCAUCCAGGUGUCCUGGCUCUCUCCCAGGGCCAGCGCCAGCUGCUUUGUGCGGCCAGGGCUUUGCUGCGGCAGCCGCGGGUGGCGCUGCUUGACGAGGUCACAGCGGCCUUGCCACAGGAAGCAGUAGCUUGGAUGUCACAAAUGGACUUGGAGCUUCUGGGAGCCAACAUGAAACCCUCAAACCAGUGUGGCAUGUUCAAUCUUGUGACCUGUUAA